AUGACGUCAAGGAACGGUUCGGAUCAGAAGUUCUGAAAUAUGCUGUUACUGUAAAUCGUGUUGAACUCUCCCCCAAGUCCGGCAGUCGGCGAAAGCGUGGAAUAUGGUCCUGGUUUCGAAAUGCUUGGAAUACUGUUAAGAAUUUUGUUUCAGGCCUUUUUGGCGGAAACUCUGAUUCUGACUCUGAGUCUGAGGGUAGGUCAGACGAUACAGCAACGGAAUCUGAAAAAACGCCAACUUCUUCACCGGAUUAUAGUGCUUUUUAUUCCACACCUUUCUUCCUGGUGCAAUUUGCAAAUGGUAGCAUUCCAGAAAUUCGAUUCGCUCAAAACGACACCAAUGAACAAUCUCGGAACUUCAAACGCCACAUUGCCGAAAUAUUCGCCACUCAGCUCGACAAACUGGCGCCCUCUGUGAUGGUUAAAAGUCCUCUUGGCGAACAUAGAACUCGUUACGUAAUUAGAUCCGGUGAUGAAGAAGGACGUCGGGCUCGACGAAGCGUGCCAGGACUCACUCCAGAUAUCAUAGUUGAAAAGCAUGUAGAUAGUGGCGACAUCGUGCGUCUGUCUUCAGAAACUCCCCAGGAACCAACUUUAAACAAUAAAGAAAACGUCGAACUUUAUGCUAAUCAAAUACAAAUGUUUUCUGAAGGAAAGCUUAUUUCUGCAGAGGGAGACAUAUCUGUUGCUCUUCUUAACCAAAAAGGAAAAAGACGACGUCGUCGCAGUGAUGAAGACGUAGACAUUACUUCAUUCUUUCAAGUGAAAAGUACUUUUUCUCUGAACAUGGUACAACAAAGAAGAAAGCGUGAGGUUUAUGACGAUUUGGAUGAACUUGAAGAUAAGUUAAAAGUCAUCCCGUCUUCAGUAAUAGCUUCACAGAGUCACGUUUCUGGUUUGAAAGAAAGACUGAAUAUGUUGAGAUCCCAGUAUGGCAAUCCAAAAGCAGUAGUAUCCAAACUUCUAGAGAAUACCAAGAAAAAUGAUCCAGAGACAAUGUUUGGGGUUCUGGAGAUACUUGACUUGGAGAAGGAACUCAAACUACGAGACUCAAGCGGUUCUUUCACAUCGCUCCUAAAUACUGCGUUGACGUCAAAGAAAGUUUUAACUACAUGCAGCAAGACUGAUUCUAGCCACUGCCGUGACAUUCUGACAUUCCUGAGUCACACGGGGACACCAGAAGCUCAGAAGUCACUUCUUCAUUACGUCUUUUGU